AUGAACAAGCAGUCUGUGCUUCAUCAUUCAAAUACGCCGCAAAAAAGCAUCAUCAGAGAGCAAAAUUUUCAGAAAUUUAAUAAAUUUAACAAAUCAGCUUUCCGUGUGCUACUCGUAACUGAUCACACUGGUAUUUAUGGUGGUACCAGUUUGGCAUGGUAUUGGAUGGCAGGUGGUUUGAGCAAAUCGUGA